AUUUGACAUUCACUUGACAGAUAACCUUACCGAUUUUUAUUAAUCGCAUUUUUGUAAACAUUGUUCAGUGUAUAUUUUGGGAGAAAAUAUCUAUUUGGGUUUAUUAUUUUAUCAAGUGCAUCUACUUCUGAGUAGAGUCAACAAAAUUUACACAAUCAAUUGAUGUAUUUGUAUCAUGGCUGACGUUAAAACAUCGAAGAUAAACCAAAAUAAUUGUGGACUAUGCAAUGAAAACCCAAGCAAAUACUGUUGCCCACGAUGUGAGGUAUUCUACUGUUCCCUGGAUUGUUACAAGUCUGAAAAGCAUUUACAAUGUUCAGAGAGCUUCUACAGAGAUUGUGUGAACUCUGAAUUGACGGCACAUCACGCUGAUGACGAUUCUAGGGAUAAAAUGGUGGACAUCCUAAAACGGAUGCAGGAUGACGAUAAUAUUGACAUAGAUGACCUCAUAGAAUAUGAUGAUGAGCCAGCAGACUCUGAUGAUGAUGAGGAUGAUGACUUAGAAAAACGAAUAGAGAAUUUAAACCUUGAUGAUGCGGACGCAAUAUGGAAUGCAUUGACAGAGGAUGAACGAAAUGAGUUUGAAGCAUUAAUAAAUCGGGGUGAUGUUGGAGGUAUAAUGCCUCAAUGGGAACCGUGGUGGAUGUAUAGAAGAGAAAAGAAAUUAGUUGAAGACGUUAAUGUUGACGAUGGAGAAGUACUAAAAAAUUGUCCAGAAUUGAAAGCUGUUCCUAAAUUUGAAACAUUGACAGCUGUUAAACCAUCACCAGCUAUCAAGAGCAACAUUACAAAUGUACUAGCUUCCUACGCUUUCAUCCUGCGGUACUUUAAUGGAGAAAUUGAGCCUGGAGAAGCAGUGAUAUGCUUAUUCAAUAUUUGUGACAAUUUGAACACCAAUACUAAUUUUGAUGAUCCUGCUGUUGCGUUGGAGUCCGUUGCGCAGAAAUGUUUACAGAGUGAAUUCAUACAAACUGAUGAAGCAAGUAUAUCAGUGAUGAAAAAAGACACAUUCCUUCUAAUCCGAGGACCAAGUGAUGAUAACGAGAAAUACUAUUGCCAAGCAGCUUUAUCCCAUUUACACAAGAUACUCACUGAAGCCAAAACAUUAGACAAACAGACGAAAGACCAAAAGACUGCCAAGGAAAAGACAACCUUUUCGAAGAAGUUUCCGGAACAUGAAAAAGAACAUUUACCAAGUUUAGAUGUAAGUAAAGUUAAGAAAUGUAUUAAGAAAGUAGAGUAUUACUUGUCAUAUGUUGAUAGUUAUGAUAUGGAUUUUGAAUAAA